GAUUACAUGCCUUUUUAUGCAGAAAGGGAACUAGACCAUAAACGAUGGCUUCUCCGGGAUUGUUUGAUGCAUUCCGAUCCAAUGGCGCCCCGACCUACUACGAAUCUAAUAAGACGCCAUUUAUGGCGGAUAUAUUGGAAUCUGGACUCAUUUACGCUUUUGUCAUCCUAGCUUUUUCGUUUUUCAUUAUUCUUCCUGGAAUUCGUGGAAAAGAGAGAAUUUUUACGUUUAUUCGGGUAACAGUGACACUCUACAUCGGCGGGGUCAUAAUGUUAUGUAAUUAUGGUUUCUGGGAGCAAUCUUCUUCCAAGGGUGUAAGAACCAAGUAUAAAGCGGGUUCUGCAGGGGAGAUAACCGCUGACAUUGAGGUGUUGAUGAGUCUCCGGGGAAUUAACGUCACGCUGAAAGCCGAGGGAGAAGACCGAGGGCCUUUUAACGAGACCAUCAACUACAACGAAAACUUCGACUGGCGAUGGGAGCAGGGACGGUUAGGGUUUGGAAUAUUCGCUGGACGUUUUAACCAGGAGUUCCGGGCCGCCCAGUUUCGAGGUACCCCUCUACCCAUCAUCUGGAUCGCGGAGUAUUUCACUUUUGAUGGAGAAGGAAUCAGAUGGGGUCGCCACUACCGACAGGCCGGCUGGUACGCCCAUAUCAUGAUGUGGUUGGCUCUACCGCUGUGGAUUAUAACAGUCAUCCUGUUCUUCAUUCUGCUCAAGUACGGGGCCUACUUUCUGAUGCUGACCGGGGCUACCAUGGUGGGUGCCAACAUCGCCUGGGCCAGUCUAAGGAACGUCAACGAACUCAUCAUUCCGUUCAGCGCCGAACAUAAACUCGAGUUCCAUUUUGGACCGUGUUUUUAUGUCAAUCUUGUAACAGGAAUACUGUGCGUCGUCUUGGGUGCUGUGAUCUUGGUCCUAGAUCUACGCUAUCCCGAGGCGGUCACAUCCUUCUUCGGGGUGGAUCCUCUACAAGCCGAAACUUUCAUAGAAGGGGAAUCUUUUUUACCUGAAAAGGACAACAAGAAAGACGGCGACUAUGAAUUGAAACGCAUGGAAAACGGAGAGGCGCACGGAGAGGCGUCGCCAUCUUCCGCCAUGAUGGAAGACGAUGACGAUGAUGAUGAGAUUUAUGAACCUCCGGUAUUUCAUCCAGAGCCGCCAAAGGAGACUCGUUCUAUGAAGCGCAAGUCACGUGGUCUGACGCAACGUCUGCAGAGGCCCAGGCGCCGUGCAGCCCCGCCAGUACCGGACCAAGUGGAUGAGAUGGACGAUCUCUAUGACAACACAAGGAGUGAUAAGGUGCAGUUUGGCAGGAACUACAACCCUUAGUGAGAACAGGAUAUCAACACACGGGGGACAACGUGGAAAAAUUAGGAAGGAUGAUUCAGCAUAAAUUUACUGAGAGUUACUAAAGAGGAUGUACAUGUAUAUGAUGCGUUAUUUCAAUCAAUCGCGUGACAUGACAAGAGUGAACAUUGAAAUGAUGGAACAUUAAUUUAGAUAUUUACUGGAUAUCUUAUAAAUUGCAAUGUAAAUUAUGAAAACCUUGUAUAAUAUUUCUUUUUUUUAAUUUUUAUUUUAGAGCAAUGUAAUCCCCAAUCCCCCCCCCCCCCUUCCUAAGAUAAUGCAUGAAUUAUACUUUCACUUCUAUUUAAAUGUAUACACACAGGUGCAUUGAUAUACAAUUAAAUGUUCUUAAAAGUUGA